GGCGGAACUAGGGGAGAUCAUCACACACAUAGCCCUGCGCCGACGAUUCUCGGCCCAACAACCCGGGCGGUUGUUUCCGGGGGGACGGGAAAAAACGUCGCGCCGCUUUGGCUUGGCUGGAGAUGCUGUAGCAGCGCCACGUCUCGGGCAGGAGGGAGGGAGAGAAAACAUUGGAGUCAAGCUCGGGCAGGUGGUGCGGUGGGUUAAACCACUGAGCCUAGGGCUUGCUGAUCAGAAGGUUGGCGGUUCGAAUCCCUGUGACGGGGCUACUGUAAUGCUGUCCUGGAAAUCCAGAGCUGCCUGCUGACCGGACUUGGACUGAAUUGAGUUGCCUGCUGUAAAACUACAGAUGAGAAGCUUGGUAUUGUGUCCUCUUGCACAGUCUCCUUGCUGGCAGCUCUUCUGAUGGAUAGAACCAGGACUCGGCAGUUCUCUUGAAAAGUGAGUUUUGUUCAGCUGGGGAAAUAUUUCCCCUGCAUCUUAAUAGCAUCUGCCAUGGACUCUUCGGUGAUCCUGCUGGAGAAGCAAGCCAGCAACGGGGGCCCCUACAGCUCUGAGCAGCCUGUGGAGAUGGAGGCCAAAUUGGAGCGGCCAGCAGAAGGAGAUGGCCUUCAUGUGACUAGUGUAAAUGGCAGCAAAGUGCCAGCUGAAGGGGAAUGCCCGGUUCCAAACAGCAGCGAGGUGCCAUGUGCGAAUGGACCAGCAUCUCGCUACCCUGCCUCUUCUGACCCCAACGGCAGCCCACGUGGGGAAGUACCAGCUCCAGGUGUGCCCGGUUUCCAUGACAACCUAAAGUCGUCUCAGGGAGCUAGUGCUGAGGGCAUAGUGCUUAGGAAGGAAGCGUUGCAGUCCCUCAAACUAAGCCUUCCCAUGCAAGAAACCAAAUUGUGUUCAGCCGAUUCUUCUCUCCCUUUAGAGAAGGAAGAACAAAUCAGACUUCAGGCAAGAAGGCGCCUUGAAGAACAGCUCAAACAGUACCGUGUAAAAAGGCAUCAGGAGAGACAGUCUACAGCUAAAAGCCGCCCCUCCAGUACCCUCGAUCCUGAGCUGAUGUUCCAUCCAGAGACUUUGCCGAGGGCCAGCACUGUGUCUAUGACAAAAGAAUACUCAUUCUUGCGAACCAGCGUCCCGCGGGGACCAAAACUGGGAAGCCUGGGGCUUCCGACACAAUCAAAAGAAAGGAAAAGUUCUAAAUCCAACAGGUCAAGUAGAAUCCGGUCUCUGGCAGACUAUAGAACUGAAGAUGCAGAGGGGCAUGUUCCGCUUGAUUCACCAAGUGGCUCCCUGAAGCAGAAUCGAAGCAGCCUGACAUCGGUUGUGUCUGAGAUCAGGCUAACUCCCGAUCCGGAUGACCAGCUGGAGAAUUCCUCCCUGGCCGGAGACAGCAUCUCUGAUAUUGACGGAAGUGAAGUAGGAUUGAGGCUGGACGGCAACGAGAGCGACAGUUCUACGUACAGUAGUUUAUCGGGAAGGGGGCCCUAUGGCGCUUUGCUCAAUUCCGAAAGCAGGCAGGGCACUUCGCUGACUGUAAAUGGCCAGGAGGUCCCUUUGGAUGCAGUUGGACAGUUUCCUUCCAUCAGGGAAGUGCUGCAGGCUGCUGCUGCGACAGAGCACCACCCCGACGAUCAGGAAGUCAAUGGGGAAGUGAGAAGCAGGAGGGACAGCAUUUCCAGCAGUAUAUCGAUGGAGAGUUCUAUCGCAGGCACGCAUGAUGAAAUGUUGCAGGUCCUCAAAGAGAAGAUGCGUCUCGAAGGGCAGCUUGAAGCGCUGUCAUUGGAAGCCAAUGAGGCUCUCAAAGAAAAGACGGAACUGCAAACCCAGCUUGCUGCUUUGAACAUGAAGCUUCAGUCCCAGAUGGAGCACAGUCAGAGCAGCCAGCAGAAGCAAGACUCGCUGAACUCGGAGGUGGCCUCUCUAAAGCAGUCUUGUUGGGACCUGGAAAGAGCCAUGGCGGAACUUCAGGCUGCCUUGGAGGCCAAGAACGCCAGCCUGGCUGCCUCCAACAACGACCUGCAGGUGGCAGAAGAGCAGUACCAAAGACUGAUGGGGAAGGUGGAAGACAUGCAGAAAAGUGUCCUCAGCAAGGAUAGCACAGUUCAUGAUCUCCGACAGCAGCUUUCCUCGUUGCAAAGUCAGCUCCAGCAGGUGCAACUGGACCGCACCACGUUGACCAAUAAGCUGAAGUCGUCUCAAACGGAGAUCGCGUCACUGCAGAAAGUGCGGCACUGGUACCAGCAGCAGCUGGUUGUGGCCCAGGAGGCAAGGGUUAGGCUGCAGAGUGAGAUGGCAAACAUACAGGCUGGUCAAAUGACCCAGGUGGGCAUGUUGGAACAUCUCAAGUUGGAGAACGUAACACUCUCUCAUCAGUUAACGGAGACUCAGCACAGGUCCAUCAAAGAGAAGGAGCGUAUAGCUACGCAGUUGCAAAAUAUUGAGGCUGACAUGUUAGACCAGGAGGCAGCCUUCUUGCAGAUCCAAGAGGCUAAGACCAUGGUGGAAGAGGACUUGCAGAGAAAACUGGAGGAGUUUGAGGAUGAGAAGGAGCAGCUUCAGAAAAUGGCGGAUUCUGCAGCAGUAUUGGAGCAGGAGCUAGAACAGCUGAAAUUGACAUUGCAUCAACGAGAUCUUCAGGUUGAGGCUUUGCAGCAGGAGCAGCUGGACCUCAUGAAGCAGCUGACUUCCACCCAGGAGACUCUACAGACCCGAGAACAGUCGCUGGGCGACCUCCAGACACGUUACGAUGAGCUGGAGGCCAGGCUGACGGAGUUGCAGGGGGAAGCCACCUCAAAAGACGACGCUAUCCAAUAUCUGCAGAAUGAGAAGAUUGUCCUAGAGGUGGCUCUGCAGGUAGCCAAAGCCGGCAAAGAAGGACUCAAGGAAGGAGUCCAACAUUUAGGAGAAAGCACCGAGGCGGCAUCAGAAGUUCUGGAGCAGCUGAGACAAGAAAUAGUUGUAAAGUCAAGCCAGGUAGAAAAUCUCCAGCUUGAGAGUGCCAGUCUCAAGAAGCAAACCCAGAAGGUCAAGGAGCAGUUCCUUCAGCAAAAGGUGAUGGUGGAAGCUUACCGGAGAGAUGCAAAUUCAAAGGAUCAGCUGAUCAGUGAACUGAAGUCCACCAAGAAGAGGCUGGACUCUGAAGUGAAAGGGUUAAGGCGAGAGCUGCUCCAGCUUCAGGGUGAAAAGAAAUCCGUGGAGGUUGAGAACUCGAGGUUGGGGAAGGAAGUGUCUCGAGUUCAGCAGCAGAUGGAGGAAUUGGAAAGCCAGUUGCAAGCAGUCCAAAGAGAGCGAGAUGACAUGGAGAGAGAGUUGCAGACUUUGCAGUUUGACAGAGAGCAGAUGUCUGCUCUAGCUGAAAUGAAUGAAGUAUUAAAACGGCAGGUUGAUGAAAUGCAGCAGGAAACCAAAAUGGCCUUUACUGAACAGAAGCAAAAAAUGAAACGACUGGGCUCAGAUUUGAGCACAGCACAGAAGGAGAUGAAAGCAAAACACAAAGCUUAUGAGAAUGCAGUUGGGAUCCUCAGUCGCCGGCUACAGGAAGCCCUCUCGGCCAAAGAAUCGUCUGAAGCAGAGCUGGCCAAGUUGAAGGCACAAAUAUCUGACAGUGAAAACAGCCAGGCUGGCCUAGAACGGAUUCAGGCUCUGGAGACAGAACUGGAGGUUCUCAGCCACAGUAAGAUGGUCCUAGAAAAGGAACUGCAAGAAGUGAUCUCACUCACCAGCCAGGAACUGGAGGAGUACAGAGAGAAAGUCCUUGAACUUGAGGACGAGCUUCAGGAAGCCAGGGGCUUCCGGAGAAAGAUAAAGCGACUGGAAGAGAUGAACAAGAAGCUCUCCCUUGAGCUAGAGCAUGAACGCGGGAAGCUCACUGGUCUUGGCCAGUCCAACGCAGCUCUGCGGGAACACAACCGCAUCCUCGAAGCAGCGCUAGCGAAGAGAGAGGCGGACCUUGUGCAGCUGAAUCUUCAGGUCCAGGCAGUUCUGAAGCGCAAAGAGGAGGAAGACCAGCAAAUGAAGCAACUAAUCCAAGCCUUGAAGAUGGCCUUGGAAAAGGAGAAGACAAAGGUCAACAGCCUUAAAGAACAGGUUGCAACAGUCAAAGUUGAGGCAGCGCAUAAUCGCCGUCAUUAUAAAGCAGCUGCCCUUGAACUUGGCGAGGUGAAACGAGAGCUGCAGGCCAAAGAAGUCCUUAUCCGGGCCCUUCAGGCCGAAGUGGACAAACUGCAAGUUGAAGAUGGGAAGCAUUCAGCAGAAGUAUCCCAGUUCCAGGAAGAGCUGGCAGAAGCUCGUUCUCAGCUUCAGCUCCUCCAGAAGCAGCUGGAUGAGCAACUUAGCAAGCAGCCUGCAGAAAACCAAGAGGUUGAAGAUCUCAAGUGGGAAGUGGAGCAGAAGGAGAGAGAAAUCCAAGCCCUGAAGCAGCAGUUGGACUUGACUGAGCAACGUAACCAGAAGGAGUUGAAAGGAGUACAAGCCGUUUUACAGAAUAUCAAGACAGAGUUGGAGAUGGUUCGGGAUGAUUUGUCCUUAACCCAAAAAGAUAAAAUCAUGCUUCAGGCAAAAGUGACUGAACUCAAGAAUAGCAUGAAGACUCUUCUACAGCAUAACCAGCAACUGAAGCUGGACUUGAAGCAUGGAAAGAUGAAAAAGAGAAAAACACUGAAGGGAGAGUCAAAUCCUUCAAAUCCGGUGACUCCAGUGAAGAUUCCUGAUUGCCCCGUCCCUGCAGCUUUGCUGGAAGAGCUGCUGAAACCUUCAGCAGCUGUGAAUAAAGAGCCUUUGAAAAACCUCAACAGCUGCCUCCAGCAACUCAAGCAGGAGAUGGACAGCCUUCAGCGUCAGAUGGAAGAGCAUACGAUAACAGUCCAUGAAUCGAUGUCUUCAUGGAGCCAGAUAGAAGGGCAACUAACAGACUUUACAUCUAACUUUGCUGCAACUACGACGGGCAACCAGAGCCUCUCCGUUGUAGACCUAAAGGAUAAUAACCUAAGUGCUGGGGGAAAUGAAGAGCUGAUGCAGUGACUUCGUCGCCUGUCGCUUCAUUCCACAGCUGUUUGAAGUAUGUGAAACAUGUUCAUCAGCCCUAUUUGAAACCAAGUUUUAGAGAUCUCCAUCUGUUCUUCCUUCUGAAUAGGGGGAAAAUGUCAGAGGCGAAACAUUUGAAGAUGAUGCUAUAUUAAAAUACAUUUUAAUCUGUCUUGGAGGAAAAAGAAAUGUGAUGUUUGGUCUCCAAUAAUACAUUUUCAUCUGUUCAGUAGUGGUUAAAGUGACUUUUGUUGCAGAGGAACGUGGGCUUCAUUACGCCACUUCCAACCUUUUUGUUGUUGUUGUUGUUGUUAGUAAAAAAAAGUCAUAUAGAAGGCUGAGGAUUUUGCUGAUAUUCAAAGCUAUGCGAGCAGGGGUGAGCACACUAAGCUCCUUCUCCCGCCCACCCCCAAACUCAUGAAGGGCAAAGGUUUGAAAUGGAUGAGUCUUUUCUAUUUGUGGAUUGCAUAAUCAGGGCCAGAGACUGAGGUUCUAAAUUGAGCUCUCUGCUUUAGGGCUUCACCCUCCAUAAGUAGAAGGAUGACAGGGGUGAGUGGAGCUGAGUGCAUUUCUUCCCACCCCUGCUCACAUGGUACAUUUUCUAUGAAUUCAGAAUGACUUGGGCUAAUGACUUGGUCUGCUGUAGACAUGAGAAUAUGAACCAGAACUUUCACACCCCCUAAGCUGGUAAUGGAAUCUCUUUUUUUGUUUUGUUUUAGAGACACACCCUUGAUUGAUAGAGAUGACCAGUUCUAACCGAUAACUUCUUGGUGGCUAUGAAUCUCAAAACCACCGACUCUGAAGUAGUUCCAUUGCAUCAAUUGGGACUACUUCAAAGGAAAUAGAUUGAGGAUCCACAACCAAAGGCCAUUGGAGAGCUUUGAUUUCACUUUGGCAGAUGCAUUUUGCACCUUUUUUGUUGUUGUUGUUCCAGUCUUUUGAGGACUUCUCCAGUGCAGGGUGUAUAUAAAUACUUCAACUCUGUUCUUGUCCUGGAGUAUCUGUAAGUUACAAAUCACCAGGGGUUGGGUUUUAUUUUUGCUUUGUUAAUCUUUUUGCAUCUUCUAUCUUGGUUGGAUUGGGGCCUAAAGAAAGCCAGCCCCUAAAGUAUCGAGUUUAGAAAUUUACUUACUGUAUAUUUCAAACAUGAGUGUCAUACUGCCUGUAAACCCUUGUUUGUUGGCUUUAAUCCCUCCCCUCUCCUUAUGCAGGGAUUCAGACCCUGUAGUCCAGGCCUCCUCAAACUCGGCCCUCCCGAUGUUUUUGGCCUACAACUCCCUUGAUCCCUAGCUAGCAGGACCAGUCGUCAGGGAUGAUGGGAAUUGUAGUCUUGAAACAUCUGGAGGACAGAGUUUGAGGAAGCCUGCUGUAGUCCUUCAGAAGUCAUUAGACUCCCACACCCACCAUCCCUAACCAUUGGCUAUGCUGACUGUGGCUGAUGGGAGUUGGAGUCCAAUGUCAUCUGGUCUAAUGACUAGUUGGGAGCCUAGUGCUCAUGUAGCUGCCUUUACAGAUAGACCCUGCUGAGCUAUUAGCAGGCUGAAACAACAUGCCUUAGGUUUUCUCUCUUUAUAUCCCCGCUGCCCCAUUACUGACAACCGAAAGCCACCUUUGCUGUGUUUUCAAAGCACACUGACUUGGCUUAAUCUACUUUCUGUUUUGAAUAUUGCCCCAGGAUGCUCUAGAGAAAAAAUACCGCUAGAGAAUGAACGGAUUGUCAGCAGUCUUGACUGAAAGAUAUCGAAAUCUGGGAUGUAACAAUUGCAGAGUCCGGAACUAGAAGUUAAGGUGCAGACAAAGCUGUUUUGAAAAUGAUAGCUACUUGUCUUACCACUGCCACCCUGCCCUGGUCUUCUGCGACAUCACAUUAUGGUGUACACCUAACUACUACCGAAAAUGUGGGCAACCUUAGAUUUCCUGCAAUAUUAAAUGCAGCUCAUCAGUGAUGUUGGUGUGUUUUACUGACUGAUGAUCUUCAGUGGGUGGGCUAGGAGCCACAGCUGAUCAUGCCCCCAUCGUAAGGUGGGUCACACCAGUGACAACAUUUAGCAGUAGUUGAUUUAAGGGGAAGAAACAGAGAAGGCAAAAUGGAAAGCAAGAUAGACACUUAUGGUGGGUGUUUUUUUUUAAGUGACCCAUGUUGCAAGCUGGGGUUAAAGGUGGACCCCAGCUUUGAAAAUUUUUAAGAUUUCUAUAUUAGAUAUUACAGUGGGGAAACAGGGUACUGGAUGCAUGAUUGCCACUUCCAUUAGUAUUUAGUUCUGACCUGACUUUCAGGGUAGAUUGAUAGGAAAAACCAAAACUCUGGAGUAAGUGGCUUUGAGGGUCUUGGCCUCUGCAUCAUUCUCAGAUUGCAUAUUAGACUCGAUUUUAAACAAACAUUGAAGGGAAGGAAUGUCUUUGGAUAGAGAUAGUUUUACUGUGGGUUUCCUUCCAGAUAAUAUACAGAUACCAUCUUGCCAUCAGGUACCGAGUAUGGUAUUCCCAUGCUGCUUUUAAGAAAAGAAAAGAAAAAACCCACGCACCACAACCCUGGCUUCAUAUUGAAGAUUUGAUUUUUCUACGGUUUGCAUCCAAUGUUUAUCAUAUUCAGAGCAGAUGUAUUGAAAUUAAUGGACAUGAAUAACUUUGGUCCAUGAAUUUCAAUGGAUCUACUCUGGUUAUAAUUUAUUGGAAACAUCCCAUAGUCUUUUUUUAAUACUAUGAACCAUAAUUUUGAAACUGCAGUAAAACAUUUUAAUAUUUGCAUAUAGUAUAUGAAGGAAAUGUACUUUUAAAUGUAAAUGGUUUUUUUGUUUCAGUUAAUGUGACAUUGACUAUUUUAUAAGACUAAUCAAACUGUUAUCGAGAUAAAACAUUGAAAGCUUUAUUGAUUAACCCGGAUAUGCUAAUAGCUUUUACUAGUAAGUCUGUUUUGCAGAGUAAAUAGUAAUGAGUGAUUUCUUUUUGCUGCUGUUCACAAUCUUGAAGCUUAUGUACUUGCUAACUUAAAGAGGAAGAAAUUCUAUAGUAUUUAAACACCAAAGGUAAUACUAUGUAAUGAUUAAUAUAUAUUCAGCUCCCCAAUUUGCACCAGUGGAAUUUUCAUGUUGCUGAUCUACUUAGCACACGGUAUUAUUUACAGGAAUGAUUCUGGUAUUUAUAAAUUUUGACAACUUCAAUUUAUGUGCUAAAUGCUAAAUUAGGUAACACACCUCUUUCAGGCCUUUACCAAUUCCUGACCAGCUCUUUAAAACAGAACCAGAUUGUAUAUUCAUAAAGCAGUAUGUAGCCUUGUAUGUCUUUCUCCUUUGGGAAAGGAAAUCUUAUUUCUCUUCUUAUUUCCCAGCUGAAAAUGCUUCCUUCCUUUCUUUUAAGACAUCUCCCCUCCCUUGUUUAUAUCUACCAUUAACUUGCCAUUUUGACCAGGAAGGAAAUGGGUCUAAACUUGAGAGUGCAAAAGAGAGCACACUUAACUAGCAACAAACCUAAUUACAGAACUUUUAUUGUUCUCUCCCUCUGGCUUCAGAUACUGUGCCCUUUUUAAAAGGUGCUAUCUUUUAAAUCCAUAGUUCAAGGAAAAGCUUCCAGAGCAACCACAGAUUAGCCAAGUGGACAGGUGCCUCGAUUUAACACUGGCAUGUUUUUAGAGAUGGGAAGAAUCAUCUUGAGGGGAUCCAUUGUAUAAGAUUAUUGGAAUGUGCUUUUUUUUUUGUUCGCUUCUUCAUCCCUAGAGGUCAAUACCUAUUAAUGUAUAUUUUUAAUUACAAAAUGGGGGAGAAACCACAAAAUGCUCUGUCUGAAUAUUGCAGAGGGUUGGUUUAAAAAAUGCUUCCUUUUGGAGCAUUGUUUGAGGGAUUUUCUGUGGUCCUUCAGUGUUACAGUAAAAAGAAAAAGGCACGUUUUAUGCUUCUCAAAAUUGAGUGUCUGCAUUAUUGCAGAUUGUUGCAUAUUAAUUCCACUGUCUUCCGAGUUGUUUGGAGACUUGGGUACUCUGUUAACACACUUCUUCCUUUUCCUUGUGGAGGACAAUGUUCUUUUUUCCUAUCAGGAAAAUAUUAGUUAUUUCGAUAAAGACAAGCGGUUUUCUAGAGUGACAUAUGUAUGUUGGAUGUAUUGCGCAUUACUGCUUCUUCAAUAUGUACAAUUCAGUACUUGUGGGAGUAUCUAUAAGCAGGUGUGCUGAUCAGUACGAGAGCAUUAAAGGUAGAUAACUCUGAUCAUUAUAAACCGAAAUGUAUCAAAUCCUUUGCUGUGAUAGACACACCAUUAAAAACAGUUAAUCCCUGUCACUCUAUUUAUAAGAGGGCUCUAACUGUGCUGAUCUGUUUACUCUUCCUCCUGAAAACUCGGAGUUAAUGUUAAUGCUAACCUGCUGGAAAUUAGAUGGUUUAUGUCCCAGUGGCGCAUAUCAUUCUUGCCACUAGGAAAUUUUCUAUGAAAACCUGCCUUGUCUUGAAUGGACCUGCACAGAGUUAUUUGAAGAAAUAAUACUGAAAUUUUCUCAUACAUAUUCUGUCACAUCUUAAAGGUUUCAAUCAGUUGCUGUGUUGAUAAGGAAAAGCACCACCUCCAUAAUUCAUAUUUGAAUCCAUAGUUCAAUUGGGAGUUCCAAACAAGAGAAGAGUUAUGAGGUUUUUGACUUAAGGAUUCAUGACUGCGACCUUUUUAAAAAGCAUGUUAAUUAAAAAUAAUAAUUAGGAUGCACAUAAAAAGUUCUUGAACAGGUUUUGUGCAAUAAACUAUUUUUCAUAAAAAGUGUUUCCAUUGUUUAUUAUGGUAAAAUGGGGAGGGGGGUGAUUCAAGACAACAGCAAAUUUUGAAGAAAGCUAAAAGAGCUAAAAGUACAUUUUAAAGGACAGGAAACGGGGAAGAUGACGCACAAGCUGAUGAAGGUCAGUACACCAAGACAACAGAAGAAUGGAGAGUUGUCCAAGAUCAAGUUAGGGAUUGAAACGCAAGACUGCAAAAAAUUCUACCAUUUUCCUGUUUUAAACAAGGGAAGUUAGAAGGAUGUUAAGAGUAUCUAUCCAGGCUUUAUCAGCUAUAUGUAUUUUAAAAAUAGGGUGGGCCCAGCGGCAUAGCAACAUUUUUUAGGAAGUCAAAAAAAAUUUAGACAGCGCCCACCCUCAAGCUCCCCUGCCACCCAGAAUCCCAACCCCUGACGCACAGCAUCCAAUGUGCUGCAGUACAGACCCCCUAUGCCGCCACCCCACCUGGUGCAGACUGUACACACACACCACCCUGGGUUACCUACGCCAGUGUUUUUCAACCACUGUUCCGCGGCACACUAGUGUGCCGCGAGAUGUUGCCUGGUGUGCCGUGGGAAAAAUUCGAUUUAUAUAUAGUCAAUAUAGGCACAGAGUUAAUUUUUUAAAAAAAAUUUCUAAUGGUGGUGUGCCUCGUGAUUUUUUUCAUGAAACAAGUGUGCCUUUGCCCCAAAAAGGUUGAAAAACACUGACCUACGCAACUGGAUGGGCUAUAAUCUGAAUUCUUGUCAAAGGUUCUUGCAUCUGUAGGAUCAUAUCACCGUGA